AUACUGGAACCUCCCUAUCUCAUGCUGAAGGCGGGGCCGGAUGCUAAGCACCUGACCGGUAACGACAGGUUUGAGGGAUACUGCGUAGACCUGCUGGAGAAGGUCGCCGAGCGCGUCGGCUUCAACUACAGCAUCCACGUUGUCGGGGACGGCAAGUACGGAGCGCCGAAUGCAGAGGGCGCCUGGAACGGCAUGAUCCGCGAACUCAUGGACCAGAAGGCGGACCUGGCCGUGGCGCCGCUGACGAUAACAUACAUCAGAGAGGAGGUGAUCGACUUCACGAAGCCUUACAUGAAUCUCGGCAUCAGCAUCCUCUUCAAGAAACCCGAGAAGAAGGAUCCGGAGCUGUUCAGCUUCCUUCAGCCUCUCUCGCUCGACGUGUGGAUGUAUAUGAUACUCGCUUACCUGGGCGUCUCCUUCAUCCUGUUCGUGCUAGCCAGGUACGCUGUCACACCUGUCAUGUGA